AUGGAGACAGAGAAGGAGAUCGCUCAGCAGGUUGAGGAGUCCCGCGCCCGUUCGCCGAAGGAGGGCGACUCGUCUGACCUCAGUGCUCCCGACUCCGAGCUCGAGUGGACCGAGGAGGAAGAAACGGCGCUCCGGCGCAAGAUUGAUUGGCACACGGUGCCUCUGGUCACGGUGCUGUACAUGCUCUGCUUCCUCGACCGCAUCAACAUCGGCAAUGCGAGCAUUCAGGGCCUGUCCGACGACCUGAACCUCAACGAGGGCGUGCGGUUCAACUGGGCGCUGUCCAUCUUCUACAUCAUCUACCUGCUCGUCGAGGUACCUAGUAACAUCCUCCUCAAGCAUGUCGGUCCCCAGUAUUUCCUGCCCUUCCUCGUCUGCGGCUUCGGCCUGGUCUCGCUAUGCACCGCGUUCGUCCGUGAUUUUGGCGGCCUCAUGGGAGUCCGCGUGUUGCUGGGCAUCUUUGAGGGCGGCGCGUUCCCGGGGCUCGCCUUCUUCCUCAGCUGCUUCUAUAAGCGCAACGAGCUGCUCUUCCGCGUGGGUAUUUACGUCUCGGCGGCUUCCAUUGCUGGUGCUUUCGGCGGCCUAUUGGCAACGGGCCUUUCGCGGAUUCCGGAAUGGGGCGUGGCCUCAAUGCGCAUCGCGCGCUGGCGCAACAUCUUCUUCUUCGAGGGCCUCGUCACCAUGAUUAUCGGCGCGGUGGCCCCCAUCUGGAUGCCCACGAACCCGAGCGAGGCCCACUUCCUGACGCCGCGCGAGCGCCGCAUUGCUGCUGAGCGCCUCAUCCGCGAGCACAAGGCAGAUCCUAACGCUAAGGUCACCUGGAAGGACAUCCGACAGGCCGUUCUGUCCAUCCACAACUACACCUGCGCGCUGGGCUUCUUCCUCAUCAACAUCACCGUCCAGGGGCUUUCCGUGUUCAUGCCCACGAUUCUGAAGGACCUCGGGUGGACUGACACCAAAGCGCAAUUGUACUCGGUCCCACCAUACGUGGCUGCGUGUCUGGUGGCUAUUGCCGUGGCGUACGGGAGUGACAAGACACACCAGCGUGGUGCAUGGCUUGCCGCAUUUUCCUGUCUUGCGGCCGUUGGGUUUGCCAUCCUUCGGUGGGUGGAACAACCUGAAAUUCGUUACAUGGCUCUCUACUUUGUGACCGUGGGGGCCUUCCCCGGUGGCCCAGGCUUCCUGAGCUGGGCGAUGAACAAUUCGGCUGGUCCUUCGGUUCGUGCUGUGAGCUCCGGAUACGUCGUUACACUUGGUACGAUUGGUGGAAUCGUGGCAACAUGGACUUACACCAAGGGAGACGCCCCCAAAUACCACACCGGCCACACCAUCAACUUGUGCGGCCAGCUCGCCACGGUGCUCCUGUCUCUUUUCGGAAUCUUCUACUGCAUGUAUGAGAACAAGGCCAGAGCAGCUGGCAAGCGCGACCACCGGCUCCAAGGCUUGACAGAGGAAGAACAGGAGAAGCUUGGGAACACGCACCCAAGUUACCGGUAUUGGACUUAG